AGUAAAUCUGAUUUAUUGAGACUGUUGAGUUAUUUUGAAGGUGAAUUACAAGCAAGAGACAUUACAGUUGCUGCUUUAAGAGCCGAAAAAUCCAAGCAACUUUAUUAUCAAGCUAAGUAUGGGCGUUUUGGACUGGGAGAUCCUUUUAUGGCAUUACAGCGUGAUUCUGAUAAUACAAAAGACAAUGCAUUUGAUGAACCAGCAAUUAAAGCUAUGUAUGAUAACCAGUUAGCUCAAUUGGAAAAUUUAAUAGCUACUCAACGCAAAGCACAGCUGAAGAUGAGAGAACAACUUGUUAAUUCUGAAAAAAGGGUCCAUAAGAUGUGUGCAGAACUAGAAGAUGAAAAACGAAAACAUGCACAAGAUACUGCUCAGGGAGAUGAUGUUACAUACAUGUUAGAGAAAGAAAGAGAACGCCUCAAACAAGAAAUUGAUUUUGAGAAAGGACAAGUGAAAAAGUUAGAAAAGGAUUUGAAGAAGACUUUGGCAAGUUUGGAAGAAGAACGUGCAAAUUCAGCUAAACAAAAACAUGUAGCUAUAAUGUUAUUAAAAGAACGUAAACAAAUUCUUGAUAAGAUAGCCCAUGAUCAACAAAAGUCUAAUGAACUUGAAAAUCUUAUGAAAGAUGAUAAAGAUCAUAUUAAGAGUUUGGUUCAAGGUGGAUCUCAAGAAGCUUCAAAAUCCAUGAAGUUGGAAGCUGUGAUGGAAAAACAAUUAAGUGAAUUCGACAUUGAGCGUGAACAAUUAAAAAAUCGCUUAGCGCAUGAGGAAGCCAAAAAUAAA